CAAAAAAAAAACUCCAAUUCCCAUUUCCCUCUCUCUCCGCUUCGGUUCUUCCUCCCUUCUCUCUCUCCUCAAAAGAGGGGCGAACGAAAGGGGGAAAAACAACCGAAACAAAUUUUCUGCGUUUUCCAUUCCGCAUUCACAAACGACGAUUCUUCGACUUUCCAGAUCUCGAAACUCGCCUGAAACCAGAAAACAAGAUCAAGCGGAGGAGGAACACGAUCAAACCAGAGAUACAGCUGUUCUCUGAUCAGCUUUUAUGGAAAUCGCUUCCAAUUUUAUCGGUUCGUGCUCCCGAGAGCAUCAGAAGAUCUACCAAGAAUGGUUAAGAGAGCUCGUAAACAGAAGUCAAAUGACCAUGACUCAAAUGGUAGUAAAGGGCAGCAACUUUCAGCUACUUGGUUUUCAGCAAAGUCAUCUAAAAAGAUACCUCUUUCUUCCGUUACAUCAAUCGUUGAUGGUUUGAAGAGGCUAUACAUUCAGAAGCUAAAGCCCUUAGAAGUUACUUAUCGGUUUAAUGAUUUUGUUUCCCCAUUACUGACAAAUAGUGACUUCGAUGCUAAACCAAUGGUUAUGCUUUUGGGUCAAUACUCUACCGGUAAGACGACAUUUAUCAAGCAUAUGCUGCAAAGCAGUUAUCCAGGAGCCCACAUUGGACCAGAACCUACAACUGACAGAUUUGUUGUUGUUAUGUCUGGCCCUGAUGAAAGAAGCAUUCCUGGAAAUACUAUUGCCGUUCAAGCAGACAUGCCAUUUAAUGGUCUCACAACCUUUGGAACUUCUUUUCUAUCAAAAUUCGAGUGUUCACAAAUGCCACAUCCUCUGCUACAACAUAUUACAUUCGUGGAUACUCCCGGAGUUUUGUCUGGAGAAAAGCAACGAACACAGCGAGCUUAUGAGUUUACAGCUGUAACAUCAUGGUUUGCUGCUAAGUGCGAUCUUAUUCUACUUUUGUUUGAUCCCCAUAAACUUGAUAUUAGUGAUGAAUUCAAGCGAGUUAUAUCAUCGUUACGUGGGCAUGAUGACAAGAUUCGAGUAGUUUUGAACAAGGCAGACCAAGUUGACACGCAACAAUUGAUGAGGGUUUAUGGGGCAUUGAUGUGGUCGCUUGGGAAGGUUCUGAAUACUCCUGAGGUUGUACGCGUUUAUAUUGGGUCAUUUAAUGACAAACCAGUCAAUGAAGCUGCUACGGGUCCGCUUGGGAAGGAGCUCUUUGAAAAAGAACAGGAAGAUCUUCUUUCUGAUUUGAAGGAUAUUCCGAAGAAGGCCUGCGAUCGAAGAAUAAAUGAAUUUGUCAAGCGCGCGAGAGCUGCUAAAAUUCAUGCCUACAUCAUUAGCCAUCUAAAGAAGGAGAUGCCCGCCAUGAUGGGCAAAGCUAAGACCCAACAGCGGCUUAUUGAUAAUUUGGCCGAUGAAUUUGGAAAGGUACAAAGGGAGCAUCACUUACCCGCUGGAGAUUUCCCGAACGUCGACGAAUUUAGAGAGAUAUUGGCUGGUUACAACUUCGACAAGUUUGAGAAGUUGAAACCAAAGAUGAUUCAGUCCGUCGACGACAUGUUGGGAUACGACGUCCCAGAACUUUUGAAAAACUUCAGAAAUCCCUAUGACUGAAUGAGGCAGUAAAUUAUCGAGCUUGGACUUUCAGGUAUACAUUCAAGGCCUUCUUGAACUUGACUUUCAGGUAUUACACGGCUGCUUUUUGCAGUCAGUUCAUAUCUUCUUGAACUUUUAAUGUAAUGUAUAAUUAUAACUAUAGUCUAUUGGAAGCAUAGUUACCGUUAUUACCAAUCAGCAUCCAUUCUUUAAAUUAUUUUCUAUUUAAUAAAACGAUUUAUAUAAAAGAAAUAUAUAUUAUUUUCUAUUUA